CACCAGGGCCGUGCCGCGCCCGACUGGAUUUCCCAGGAGGCUUGGCAGCUAGACGAACCGUCCGGCGCCUCACGGGAAGUGAUGACUACUUUUCCCAGACAGCUUUGCGGUGGCCGGUCCUUGAGGACUAAUCUUCGCGGAGACAUCUUUUGCAUUCGCAUCGCAGCCCAUCUUUGGUUUCUCGGAGCCGAGACUCCGACUCCCGGAAGCCUUUGCGGCUGACAAGAGACUACGCGUCCCAGAGGCCCCUGCGGCGCCGCAACCGGAAGCGGCGGGCGAGCCGAGUGUCCUUGCGCGCGGAGCCGAGCGAUCAUGGUACCCCGAGUUUGGUCUCUGAUGAGGUUCCUCAUCAAGGGCAGUGUGGCUGGGGGUGCUAUAUACCUGGUGUACGACCAGGAGCUGCUGGGGCCCAGUGACAAGAGUCAGGCGGUCCUUCAGAAAGCCGAGGAGGUGGUCCCCACUGCCGUGUACCAGUUCAGCCAGUACGUGUGCGAGCAGACAGGCCUGAAGUUACCACAGCUCCCAGCCCCUCCAAAGUUUAACUUUCACAUCCGCGACUCUUGGAAUUCAGGCAUCAUCACCAUGAUGUCAGCUCUGUCCGUGGCCCCCUCUAAGGCCUGGGAAUACUCCAAGGAGGGCUGGGACUACCUGAAGGAGCGAACCAAGUAGCCUGUCAGAGGAAGCUGUCUGCCCCAGGCGGGAACAGGGGCAGGGGUGCCACGAACACCAGACUGGGACCCAACUGGGCAGCUCCUGGCCUUGCUGGCCCAAUAAAGGACUUGGAAGUGUUCCUCAA